UUGGUCACAGUGGUCACACCAAAAUCUUGCUGCUCCGCUCUCCGCUGUUCGUUCUGUGAUGUUCUAGAGGAGUACGUGACGAUAACGCUCAGUGUGUCAUAACAAGGACGGAACGGACGAAAGUGACGAGGAAAUAUCGAGGAAUCCAAUAACAAUAUAAAAGAUGGCAUUUCGUGAAUUAGUGGAAGGAGACUGUGGAGGUCCCAGUUCUUUGAUACAUCUUGCAUCACAUUAUGUGCAAGAUCGUGGCUUCAAAGAAGAAGGAAUUCAUCGGCCGUUUAGUUCGUCAGAAGCUUUUCAAACACCAGAUGCAGAUCAAUUGGUUCAACAAUUCUUAGAGGAACCUGCCUGCCCACAGACGUUUCGAAUGGAUAAUCUAUUACAGGAAAUGAGGGAAAUAGAUCAAAGUAUUCAUCCCUCAAAAACUGGACCUGAGAUUAUAAGGAAAAUAAAGAAUGACUUGGACAAAGCUCGGGAAAAUCCUUAUCUUACACCUCAAUCUCUAGAAAUGGGAAAAAUUGAUCAAAUUAUUCAUUUAAAAACUGGACCUGAGAUCAUAACGGAGUUACAGAUUGAUUUGGAUGAAGCUUGGAGAAAUCCUUAUCUUACAUCUCAAUCUCUAGACGAACUUAAUGCAGAUGUUAUAUGGAAUGCAUCUGUUUUACCUGUUCAAGAGGAGGAAGGCGCGAAUGACGAGAUAAAUGAAUUUGGUUUAGAUCCAAAAUGGGCAGAAGAUUUUCUAGAAUAUAAGACGGAUGUUGUAGAGGACAUUAUUAACAAAAAUGAUAUUCAAAUUUUGGAAGAUGAAGAACCAAAAUUGGCGUAUUCAAGGUUUAUGAAAUUUAUGGAACGAGAAGGUGAUAUUCCUAUAGAAAGCAAUCAAACAAUUAACUUGAAUGGUACAAGCGAAGAAUGGGUAGAACAAUUUAUAGACAAUGAAGCAGUUAAUGUAAUACCGUUAAAUGAUAAUACCGUUUUGAAUAAAGUAGAAGAAGAAUUAGAAUCUGCAGGUACAUGGAUAGACGAACUUGUAAAGGAAGUUCCUCCUACGGAAGACAAUAUGGAUUCGUUAUGGAAGCGAUUUGAAGAGGAGUGGGAUAAGAUUUCUGUACAUGGAAACUCCUAUACGCAUCCAUGGGUAUCAGAAUUUGACACAUAUUAUGAUCCAUUUAAUAAGGAAUAUGAUUUCUCUGAGACAAAUCCUAUGAAAGAUUUGCCAAAUGCUUUGGCUGAAGGCAAAAAACGACUAGAGGCGGGUGAUUUACCAAGCGCUGUACUAUGUUUUGAAGCUGCUGCCCAACAGGAUGAAAAUAACGUUGAAGCCUGGCUACUUCUUGGCAAAACACAAGCUGAGAAUGAACAGGAUCCUUCGGCCAUCUCUGCUUUAAAUCGUUGUUUGUGUUUGGAUCCAUCGAACAACGUUGCUCUCAUGACAUUAGCGGCUUCUUAUGCAAACGAGUCUUAUCAAAAACAAGCUUGUCUAACACUAAAGGAAUGGUUACUAAAGAAUGAAAAAUACAAACAUCUUGCAAAUUCAGAAUCUAAUAUUAAAAAAGAUGAACAUCCGAAUUUCAGUGUGUCUACUUUAUUAUAUGAGAAAAUAUAUGAUGAAGUCAAAGAUCUGUAUAUUCAAGCCGCGAGAAUGAAUCCUCGAGAUGAAAUUGAUGCGGACGUACAAUGUGGAUUAGGUAUAUUGUUCAAUUUAUCGAACGAUUACAACAAAGCUGUGGAUUGUUUUCAAACAGCGUUGCAUGUGCGUCCUGAUGAUUACAGAUUAUGGAAUAGAUUGGGAGCUACCUUAGCUAAUGGUCAACGAUCAGAAGAAGCUGUAAACGCGUAUCAUCGUGCCUUAGAAUUAUCACCUGGAUUUAUUAGAGCACGUUAUAAUCUUGGCAUAUCUUGUGUUAAUCUUGCAGCGUAUCAGGAGGCAGGUGAGCAUCUUUUGACAGCAUUGAAUCAACAAGCUGCUGGAAGAGGUCCACAAGCUGAUAAUGUACCUCGUAAAGCAAUGUCAAAUACAAUAUGGUCAACAUUAAGAUUAGUUAUAUCAUUGAUGCGCAAAUAUGAUUUGAUGGAAGCCGUAGAAAACAGAGAUUUGCCAAGACUAAACAAGGAAUUUGGAUUAAUGUAAACGGGCGCAAAUGUUAUCAAGAUUUAUACAAUGGUUCAUUUUUAUAUAGACUAUUAUAGGAAUACAUUCGGAAUUAUAUAGGUAAUCAAUAAAUAAUAGAAUGUUUUUUUUUAUACAUAUACUCUAGCAUUUAACUAAAUUCUAAGAUAUUCUAACUAAACACAGAAAAUGUACAUACAAAUAGGUG